GCUCCGAUGAGAUUUGGUACUCCUCUUUUCAGAGUCGUUCUUGUUGGACGCAAUCUCGUUCUCACGACUCACCAUGCCAUUUCCGAUGGUGGUACAUACCAUAGACUGUUUGACAACAUCUCGCGUGUGUAUCACGGGCAGUCGAUACCACCAUACGCAGAAUUUAAGCUUUUCGUAAAGCAUUGCCUUGAAAUUGAAGAGAACACGGCCAAAUCAUUCUGGGGGUCUAGAUUUAAUGGGCAGCCGACAGUAUUUCCAAAGAUCGAUGUGGAAUACAUCCCCGAUGCGUCUAAAAGACUUGUGAGCCGUAUCGAGUUUGGACCUUGGGGACUCGGUGUGCCUCUUGGACUCAUGUCCUCAUACGUCGAAACGGCUUGGGCAAUAACAGCCAUGUCAUACACAAAUUCUCAGAGCAUCGCGUUUGGAAGAGUUCUUUCCGGUCGUGUGUCCGGACUUAAUGGUCUGGAGUCUACUUUGGGUCCUACCAUAGUCACCAUGCCCGUACAAGUGAACUUGAAAGGAAAGUCGACCAUUGCAGGGAUCAUAAGAGAGCGAGCACAGGAGCGCCGAGAGGCUUUGAAGAGUCCCGCGUUGCACUAUGGACUUACAAGGAUACGCCAUGUCAAUGAAGCUGCGAGGGUUGCUUCAGCGUUCACAGCGCUCUUGAAUUUUCGAACGCCUACUGACAGCGGUCGUGACUAUUCUAAUUCUGACAUGGAGAUUCAUGGCGAAUAUGAACCUCACUUGCCAUACGGCUUGGGUAUAUCAAUAGUCGUGAACGACACUGGGCUUUCUGUAGAGACGUUAUUUGACGAGAAUGUGGUAUGCAAGGCCCAGACACUAAGGAUACUUAGACAGUUCGAGCACAUCUUACACUUCCUGCUCAAAUCUCCGGGAGGAACUCAGUUGGAAAAACUUCAGCUUCUGAACCCGCACGACCGUCGGGAGAUAUUUGAGUGGAAUGAAACGAUCCCAAACCCACCUCUUCAAAGCCUUCACAAUAUGUUUAGGGGUGCCGUUAAAAUCCACCCCAACGCCGAGGCCAUUCAAGGUCCUGAUGGCCACUUGAACUACAAGGAGCUCGACACGAUAUCAGAUGUGGUCGCCAGCGAUCUUCAAUAUAGGGGGAUUGGUGCGGAGGACGCUAUCGGGCUUGUGUUCGAGAAGUCGAUAUGGGCAAUUGUUGCUCAGCUUGCCGUCUUGAAAGCCGGAGCGGUAUGUGUGCCAAUCGACCCCGACUUUCCAUCUGCGCGCAAAGAGACGAUUAUUGCCAUCUCCAAGAUAGCAACGAUAUUGACUUCUUCAGCCUACCUGGAAGCGCUCAGAAGUCUUGCCUCGGAGGUAUUAGUGAUUGAUGCUCAGUCAGUAUCUCAAUUGUCCAGGAGUGUGAACCUACACCCAAGCGGUGAGGAUGACUCAUUCCGGGCAGCGUUCAUACUUUUCACCAGCGGCAGCACAGGAACUCCGAAGGGACACGUACUUGAGCACGGCAAUCUUGUGUCAUCACUCGUGGCCAUUGGCCGGGACAUGGGUUGGGGCACCGAUGUGCGAAUGCUUCAAUUCGCCUCAUACGUAUGGGAUAUGAGCAUAGCUGAAAUAUUUGGCACACUAACAUCUGGCGGAUGUGUUUGUAUUCCUUCCGAAGAGGCUCGUGAAUCGUUCAUUGCGGAGUUCAUUGAGUCUGUCGGCGUAAACUGUGCCAUUUUCACCCCCACUGUGCUACGGAUGAUUACUCCAGAGGAAGCGCCAAGCAUGAAGACUAUCAUGUCCAUAGGCGAGCCAGUUGAUCUGGGCUCGGUGAAACUUUGGUCUGGUCAUGCUCGCUUUUUCAAUGCCUGGGGGCCAAGUGAAACAGCUUGCGUCAGCGCCAUGGCGGAAUUGACGCCGACUUCGCGCUAUGCAGAAAGCAUCGGUAGGCCUCUCGCAAGUGCCCUUUGGCUUGUGGAUGAGAACAAUGUCGAUAAGUUGGUGCCAAUUGGAGGCGUGGGAGAAAUUGUUGUAGAAAGUCCAGGUGUAUCACGAGGCUAUUUAAAUGAUCCAAACCAAACCGCGGCUUCUUUCAUCGCUCCACCACGCUGGGCGCCACCCCGAAAGGAAUCCACAUCAACAAAAUCUCAACGAAUGUACCGCACCGGAGACCUGGCCCGGUACAACCCUGAUGGCAGCCUCGAGUACAUCGGCCGUCGUGACAACCAGGUCAAGAUCAGCGGUCAGCGCGUUGAACUUGCUGAGAUCGAGAAGGCUCUGGCCGCUUGUUCUGCUGUUCGCAGUGCAAUUACGUCAAUUCAAACAAUCGACAAUGGCCACAAGAGUCUGGUGGCUGUGGUCAGUCUGGAGGAGCCUUGCCUGUCUAGGAGAACGCCGCUGAAAGAAGUUUCAGCAGAAUUCCAGUCCGAGGUCGAGGAAGGCCUCAAUAGUAUUCGCAAGGCGUUGUACUCCAGAGUCCCAAUCUACAUGGUGCCGAACGUUUGGAGGGUCGUCGAAGAGUUGCCCCGAACCGCAUCACUGAAAAUUGACCGAAGCGCGGUCAGGAGUUGGCUUGCUCAAUGGGAGCCAACACAUUUCGAAGGAUCUGGCACAGACGCUUUGACCCCACCUACAAACGAAGUCGAACAACUCCUGCACACCGUAUGGUGCGCAGUAUUAACUUUGCAGGAGGAUGAGAUAGGACGCGAAAGCUCGUUCAUAAAGCUGGGUGGAGAUUCUAUCUUGGCGAUAAACAUCGCCACAAAAUGUAGGAAGCGCGGACUGCGAGUCUCGGUUGCCACACUUUUACGCAGCGAAAGCCUUGCCAAUGUAGCUGCAGCUAGUGAACUACUCCCUGGCCAUUCGGACUCUUUGGGAGAAAGACCAAUGAUGUAUGGGAGCAACACGUCAUUGCAUCAAAUGGACGAAAAAGACACCCAAGAGAUCUUUGCGCAUCUGAAUGAAAUAGGCGUCCACGAGGCUGACGUGGAAGUUUUGCUGCCUUGUUCACCACUACAAGAAGGGAUUCUGUUCUCUCAGCUAAAGAGCUCUGGUCGUCAAUACUGGAUGCGACUGACAAUGAAGCUAACACCUACAAGUUCUUCAAAUAAGAUAGACGAUGCAAGACUAAUGGUGGCUUGGGAAGCUGUAUGUCAGGCUCAGCCUAGUCUCAGAACUAUUUUAGUGAGCUGUAAGACUAGGCUGGGGACCUUCCAACAGGCCGUCCUGUCAAAACCUCAAGUUUCUACAUCAUACACCGCCGUUGACCAGGAAAAAACAGAUAUCGAUUCGAUACUAGGUGCUCUUGAAGUUCCGCCUUUCGCCGCAAUGCAGCCACCACACCACUUGCACCUUGUUCGAGUAUCCGGAGAUGUCUUGUACGCCAUUCUUCAUAUAAAUCAUGCUUUGUUCGAUGAGAGAUCCAUGCGCCUUGUAGGCGAACAACUUAGUCAGGCUUAUGAUAAUCCGACAAGUCUGCCAAAGGCCCGGAGCUUAUCUCAAUACUUCAGUUGGGUCGUACAGCGCAAUGAAGUGACACAUGACUACUGGACUACGCAUCUUUCAGGCGUCACACCCUGUCUCGUUCCACUUCUCGAUGCUGUUGAAUCGAAGCUUAUGGAUGUGGACCAAUACCUUUGCGACGUACCCAUCGACGACGCACGUUAUCUGAACUUAUUCUGUCGACACCGGGGCUUAACUGUGGCCAACCUACUUCAGACCGCAUGGUGUAUCGUACUACGCCAGUGCACCAGAACUGAGGGGGUGGUCUUUGGCUUUCUACGCUCUGAUCUCGGACCUAUGGAAGAUGCCGAAAACAUGAUGGGGCCAUUACUUGCAAUGGCUGUUUGCAAAUUUGAGGCGGCGCCUGACUCAACACUAACACAGAUUCUCAGAGAUUUGAGUAGCAAUCUAUCACAUGCCCUGGAAUAUGGCACUUGUCCUCUGAGUGAUAUCCACGAGGCUGUUGGUGUCGGUCAAUUGCCCCUAUUCAACACUAUCAUGACGAUCUAUCGUCUUUGGCCAGACAAUCUUUCCAGAAGUGGCAGCAUCCAAAUCGAACAUCUGCCACUACAUGGAUACACUGAGUACCCACUUACGCUUGGCGUUGGCUACGACGAUGAUAACAUCGUUUCCAAAUUGCUAUAUGACCCUUCAAAGAUUCCACGGUCCUUUGCAAAGAACAUCGCAAACUUAUUUGCAAGUGUGAUCACAAAUAUCCUAGCCAACCCAGAACAAACUCUCCGAUCUCUGGAAUCUUCAAUCACAAGUCCACUCUGUGCUUUCUCUGCAGCGGAUAUUGCGAGGACCUCUCUGAGUGAUCAUGAAGCGUCACUAUUGCAAGCCUGGAACAGACACAUACCCGCAGCGGUGGAUACAUGUGUUCAUGAACAGACACGCAUCGUUGCCGGGCAACAUAUAGGAGCACCUGCUAUCUACUCCUGGGACUAUGAGCUCAAUCACGGAAUGCUGGAUGACUUGUCCGAUCGUAUGGCAGUCCUCCUGCAGAAAGAAGGUGUGACAGUGGGGGUGCCCAUACCAUACUUCUUCGAAAAGUCAGCAGUAUCUAUCGUGGUCAUGCUUGGAAUCCUCAAGGCCGGGGGGGCCUUGCUUCCAAUGGACAUUAAUCAUCCAUCGGAACGGAUUGCAUGCAUUCUGUCUGAAAGCUGCGCGCCCAAGAUUGUUACAUCAUUCAAUUUGUUGGCAAAAGUAAAUGCCAAAAUUGAUGCUCCAAAACUUAUUGUGGUCGACAUGAAUCUUAUUCAAAACUUGGCUCCUGGUCGGCCUGCGCCUGUUGACAUCAAGUCGUCAGACACAUGCUACAUUAUCUACACGUCCGGUAGUACUGGAAAGCCUAAAGGUACCGUCAUAACGCACUCGAACUUCUCUACGAGCCUCAAAUAUAGACGUGAUUUGGUUAAGAUGACCCCGGAAACGAGAACUUUGCAAUACCUCAACUUCAUCUUUGAUGUCUCGAUGUUUGACAUCUUCUUGACGUUGGUAUCAGGCGGCUGUGUUUGCAUGCCUUCCCAGCAUGAGUGGUUCAAUGAUAUCGCAGGCGCAAUUCGGCGUACGCGAGCCAAUUUCGUGUUCUUAACUCCAUCAUUGGCAACGUUGCUUAAUCCCUCUGAAGUGCCCACACUACGCACAUUAGGUUUGACAGGCGAAUCUUUCGAAAACCACAUCAUCGAACAGUGGAAACAAAUUCGGGUCUUAAACAUGUACGGACCAGCCGAGGCGACGGUACAUUCCUCCGGCUGCGAGGUUUCCUUUGGUUCAGGCAAGCAACAUCUGAAUAUCGGGCGUCCGGAUGGAUGUUUGUACUGGGUGGUCGAUCCAAACGACCAUAACAAACUGAUGUCUAUUGGUUGUCCCGGAGAGCUAUUGAUACAGGGGCCUAUUGUGUCGCCUGGAUAUUUGGGAAAUCCAAGCCUGACCAGUACCGUUUUCAUUGAACCACCUUCCUGGAUAAGCCGGUUCAAGAUACAAGACCAUUCACAAAAUGGUAUUUCUUCAUCUGGAAUUAAGCCUUCACAACGCUGUUACAAGACAGGAGACAUAGCGAUACAGACCCCGGAUGGUUCGGUGAUCUAUCAAGGCCGUAAGGAUACACAGGUCAAGUUGAAUGGCCUACGAAUCGAACUCGGAGAGAUUGAAUAUCAUAUCAGACGGGUGUUGAAGGCCAAAUGGGUUGUCGCUGUGGAGCUUAUCAAGCCAUCUGGCCAGGAUGAUAACCAUUGUUUAGCUGUAUUUCUUGCUAUCGCAGGGCCUGACCAGCCUGAGGCGUCCAAGAUAGCAUGCAAGGUCCUCCCACCUGUUCAAAAGGAGGCAUCCGCUUUACGAUCAGCUUUGACUGUCUCCCUCCCGACCUAUAUGGUGCCACAGUUUUUUGUGCAUCUGGAAAAGCUUCCACUCACAAGGUCGGGCAAGACAGACAGGUCACUCCUUCGCAAAACUGGAGCAAUGCUGUCACCGAGGCAGUUGAGUCUUUACGAUCCCAGUCAAGAAACAUUGAAUAGUACCACGAAACUCCCGCCCUCAAUAAGGUCUGAUUCAGAUAACGAUACAGAAAGCUAUCCCACAUGUUUCGAGGAUGAACUACGGCGAUUAUGGUCUGAAACGCUCGCUUUGCCUUGCGAAGCUAUUAAUAAAACAGAUGACUUCUUCAACAUUGGUGGCAGUUCGAUCCGCGCUAUGCGACUGGCGCACGCAGCGCACAGGUCUGGUAUUUUGCUCAGUGCCGCAGACGUAUUUAAAUCGUCAACCCUGUCUGAUAUGGCAACCGUGGCCCGUCGUAUACCGUCUUCCAUGGCUUCCACUCGAUCGGAUAGAUCAAUGGGUUUAACGAUGAAGUUGAUCCAGUCUAACCCCUUCUUGGCAUCUUCUAGGGCCCAGGUGGCGAGUUCUGAGCUCAUUCAUCUAGUGAGAGAUAAUAUCGAAAGCAUUGCCGAAGCAACAGAUGCCCAGGCCGAUAUGGUUGCCGUGGGAGAGCUUGAUGGUGAGGCAUGGCAUAACGAAUUCACGAUUGAGGCACCCUCCGGUCUCAACGUUUCAAAUCUAAUCAAGGCUUGUGAGUCCAUAGUCCACCAUCAUCGGAUAUUUAGGACUACAUUCGUUCAAUUCGGCAGCGCUCUUUACCAAAUUACAGUCAAGAAAGCAACCCUAGGGGAGAUGAUCACAAUAGACGGACCGGAAAAACGACCAAUAAGCUGUCCUGUGAACUGGGACACUUAUUUCCCCAAGUUCCAUUUAUCGGAACUUUCCGAUGACGGCAAGACAUGUCAUAAGAUCAGCCUCAAGAUACAUCAUGCUCAUUAUGACGCCAUCUCUGUGGACGUAGUAUUGCAAGAUUUGCGCAGGGCCUAUUCGGGUCGAGCUCUUUCGACUGGUCCACAUUUCUACGAAUGGUUGUCACAUGUUGAGUCUGUAAAUUUGUCAGCAUCAGAGGCAUACUGGAAACAAGUUCUGGAAGGUUCGUCGAUGACUAACUUAGUAUCAACUUCAGUGCCGGCAACACUGCAUUUUUGCCGCGACAGCAUUCAAUUCCGUGUCCCUUUGCGCAAUGUGACAACGACUUAUGGAACGCCAUCCAGCGUGGUACAAGCAGCUUGGGCGCUGGUGCUCUCUCGCGCAACAGGUCAAAGCGACGUCAUAUUCUGCGGUCCUAAUGCCAAUCGCAGCCUGUCGUCGUUUCCGGAUACGGAUCGAGUGUCGGGGAUGUGCUUGAACUUCUUACCUGUACGGGCAUGCCUACAAAACCGAAUGACCCUUGGGUCGUUGGUCAAGCAGAUGCAUGACCAGGCGGUCGCUGCAAUUCCGCAUCAGCAUUUAGGCUUUCGCUCCAUCAUAAGAAACUGCACAGACUGGCCCACCAGUACCAGAUUCAGCUCCAUGCUUAUUUAUCAAAAUCACGACUCUCUACGAAGAAUAAUUCCUUUUCAGAAUCAAGACUGUGUGCUUACUCCACAUGGGAAGUUUGGCAGAUGCGCCGAUAUUCUGGUGGAAGCGACCCCUUCUCCACCCACAUGGAAUGCGACAAAGGGGCAAGAUGAAGCGAAGGAGCUUGUGGUAGACAUUCUGUAUUCACAUGAGAACUUCACAGGCGAACAGGUUAAGUGGAUUUCACACUUUUUCUCGAGGGUAUUAGAAUCAAUACCACAAAAUCUGGAGCAGCCUAUCGAACGAUACGAUGAGCACGCGAGCAAACCAUACGUAAGGUCGUGCUCUUCGGCGCCUCCCAAAUCUUCAGCUCAAAUUGCACCGAACCCUUCACGUCACGGGAAAUAUGUCAUUGAUCAAGCUUGGGAUGAGGUUGGGCUGAGUAAAAAAGGCCAAACUGUCGACGACGACUGUUCCGUAUUUUCUUGCGGCGGAGACCUCGUGACUGCCUUGCUACUGUCCCGCUAUUAUCGGCGGACCGGACACGAUAUAAGCAUGCAAUAUAUCAUUGACAACCCUACAAGGAAUGGCCAGUCAGGGCUGAUUGUUGGUGCCGAGGAAAAUGGCAAUUGAAUGUAGAACUUCGGAGAUAUGGAUGUGAUUGGUAGGUUGAUAGGAUUAAAAACAUUUACAGAUUGAGAAGCCGACCUAGUGAUUAAAGAGUUUAAACAAAUCCGUAUUCGCGUCUGUUAUAUGCACAAUAAGAAUCAUAUUUGGAC